ACAGCUUCUAAUAUUAAUAAUAACAGCUUCUAAUAAAUACAUGUGUUUUAUGCUUGCAUGAUAUUUUAGGUUAAAUAAAAUUACAUUCCAAUUUUUGCAGAUUUCCAAAUAAUGUGCAAAUAAGACCAGAAUGGCUAAAAUUUUGUAAUUUUGAUGAAGUUGUUCUCAAAACUUCCACUUUUUUAUGCUCAAAUCACUUCACAGAAAAAGAUUAUCUUCUCACAACAAAAAAUAAAGUUUUAAAAAAUAGAAGCAUACCAUCUAUUUACUAUAUCAAAAGUAGAAAAAGAUAUGUACAUGAAAAGACAAACUGUAUUAUGUAAAACAAAUUAUUUGAUUUAGUUAUAUAUAUAAAACAUAAUUUUAGGAGCUAUAAUGAUAAAGAUUGCAAACAUGAGGAAAUUGAUAUAAAACGGAACAAAAUGGUAAAUAUCUGUGAAGAGGAAGCAUAUACUUCAAUUCAACAUAUAGCUGAUGAAAAUUUGAAUGAACUAAUUCCAGAUGAAGAAGAAAUUCAUCACAGUACCAUUGAUGUAGUUUCAUUGAUAAAUGUAACUCCUCCAAACUCUCCACGUUAUAAUGAACCACGUUAUAUUGGUGAUAUUAAGACACCACAUUUAGCUACACCACGAAGAGCUAAGAGAGCUUUUAAUUUAGCAAAGCUGGUAGUAAAGAAACAAAGAAGACAAAUUUUAACAUUACAACAAACUACUGGUAGAUUGAAAAAGCGUCUUAAAACUAUAAAAGACUUAAUAGAUCACCUCAAGAAGAAGAAUUUCAUAUCAGAUAAUGCUGUCGAUUGCUUAAUGGUACAUUUUGGACAGUAUUCAUAAUCCGUUCUUAUAUUUAAGAUUGUUUUAAAUAUGAUCUUAAAAUGCUAUGAAUCGAUUAAAAAGUCAUAUUAGUAUCUUAAGACAGUAUUUAAGAUAAUCUAAGAAUAAAAAUGGACUAUGAAUACAACCUUUGAAAAAAUUGUAUAUAGUAAUAAGAUUAAUUUUCAGUGCACAAGCGUAAUAAAAUAAUGUA